AUGAAGGUCGCUGUGUUGGACCUUGGCUCUCUCUUUGCCAAAAUCUUCAAGACCUCGACGGCGCCCCCGUCGGUCGCCUCCUCCAGCAAAUCGGAAGGCGCUGCCGCCGCAGGGCCGGCGGGCACAGCACUUAGCACGGCCCCCGCCCCGGCCCUGCUCCCCGCCGCGGAGCCCGGCUCCCGCUCCACCUCGCCCGGGGCGCCGGCCGCGCUCCAGCCUCUGCUCGCCGCCUCCCACCCCCGGAUCGCGCGCCGCGCGCCGCCAGCAGUGGGGAUCCCCUUCUCCCUGCCCAGUAGUCCCGGAGCAACUAAAGUCCAGCCCCAGCCCCAGGCCCUGCCCCUGCCCCCCUCCGGUGGUGGUGGCAGCACCGCGGGCUCCCCCGCCCACCUGCUGGCGCUGGCGCGGCCACCCCGGGGCCCUGGCGGGGUCUGGGCCGCGCUGCCGUCGAUCGGGGGCGCCACCGGCAGCAGCAGUUUAACCUCGAGCCCACGAAACCCCUGCCUGCCUGGCCCCGGAGACCGAGAGCCCAGCGCUGGGAUGCCCCCCGGGCCUGGCCCCAAGACCCUGUUCUCCACCCUGCCAGACAUCGGUGAGGAGUGGGCCUCAGACAGCGACUCGGAGGGCGGAGACGCAAGAGGACUGUCAGAAGGAUCUGGAAAACACAAUUUUGCUGUGAAAAGUAAAGAUCCUUUACCUACACAUUUUACAAGAAAAGUGCAGAAAGCCAUUGAUAAAUAUACCUGUGUGUCCACAUCAUCACUUUCAUCCAGUGGAAACUCUACACCCACGGAAGCCCACAGCUCUUGGUGUGGGUCGGGGACGCAGAGCUCGGCCACUGGCUUGUCUACGGAGAGGAGCUCCGUUUACUCGUGGAGAGAUGACGAGUUUGACCAAAGCAGUGCGCAGAAGGUGCAGCAGUUAUUCUGGGAGGUCGAGGAAAUGUUGUUCGAGGGGAAAGUGAGCCCUCAGACCCAGAACCUCAUGGCUGAGUGCAGUGAGUGGGCCGGACGAUCCGUCCACCUGAGAGUAUUAGGAAGACAGAUCAUCCUGCCAACUGAUGAAGGGGUCCGCCACUUCCAAGACAGGGAGCCUCGUUCUGCAGUUCACGAACCCUCCUUGGAUGCCCGUGAAUGCACCAACAUCAGACAGUUGUGCAUCUCUGGCUCUCAAAUACUCCCAGUAACGCUUGCAGCCCCGGCCCUGCCAGGUCCCUACUGCACAGGGGUGGCCGACCUACCGGCAUGUUCAUCCUUGCAAGAAGAGGUCUAUGAUGUGGAUGGACAGAUUGAAGAGUAUUUUGCUUUCGACAGAAAGGAAGAUGACGAUGAACACCUUGACCAGAAAUCAGCUCACCAUCGCAGGACACGGCGUCACCAGGGACUUCCUCCUGUGUCCCCCCACGACUGCAUCAAAGACGCCGUGGCUGCAGCCGUAUUCGAUCACAUCUGGGCAAGCGCGGUAGAGAUAUUGGAAGAGCUGAUUAGGAAAAACUGGGAAACGACACUCACAGGAAGAAAACAACAGAAAGAAAGAGCGAAAGUAGCUGAGACUAAGUCUCCACAUGUUCUCAUGUCCCGUGUUAACACCGAUCUGUCCAGUGUUCCCCCAUCGAGAAGUUCAGAAACUCGAAACAUCUCCCUGGCUUCUCAUUUUAAUUCCCCCCAGAUUCAUCGCUUCUCCAACAAUUUUUAUAGUGAUUUAAACGGUGUGAUGACAAUUCAAGCAAAACCACUUCAGCAGAGACCUACGUAUUUUGCAGAUAGGACACAGAAUGAACAGGAGGACCAGUCGCUGAGUGCGGGGGCCAGCGCGAUUUCUGCAGCGCGCUCCCGUCUGGGACGGAUCCCAGACACCCCCGGACUGCACACUCCUACGAAGAGAACACAGGCGCACAGGAGGCUGCCCUCUCUUACUUCGGAUGCACAGAGAAUGAAAACCCCCAGUGUAGACAGCAAUGAGGUUCUCAGGGGAACAAAACUGCAAACUGGCAUCGACCACGUGACCGCCCCACCAGCCCAGGCUUCCCGGGGCAGGCUGCCCCCCAUAGGCUCCGAGCCUGCUGAGCAGAACGUGGCAUUUCCCGGACCUCGCCCUGUUUCUUACAGAGGAAGGCAUGCCCAAAACCGUGUGUCAAGUACAAUACCUGAUAGUGUUGAACGAUCGCCUCUUCGAGAAAGAUCCCUAACCCUGGAACAGUUUUCAAGGCCCAGCACCACCCAUACAUUCCGGUCAGACACGCCUCGAAAAGGUUCAUUGACAUUGAUGGAAUUUGCUGGUCAUACCUGGACAGGUCAAGGUUCUCUGACAGGCUCUCAGUAUCCACCUAAAGCUUUUCAGAGGACAACUUUGACUUUAAGAAAGAGAUUCCAGAUAGCAUCCUGAUGUUCCAUCCCCAGACGACAGCACUUUACGGGAGCACGCAGCGCCUCAGUACACCACUUACCACCCGAAGAAUGGAAGAACAAGUAUUAUACGAUGUGUCUGUUGGUCUGACAGUCUGAGAUAUUAGACUAUCUGAGAAGAAUGCAGACAAAUAAACAACUUAAUUUUCAACACUUUGCAUUGUAACCAGAAUACAAGUCAAAUUCACCAGCCUUCUUUAUUGGAAGUAUUCCUAUAUGGAUUCUUCAGGCUUUGCUCAGAAGAAUCUAAUGUGUUUUAAAAUCCAUCCUUUGAUCAAUUAUACACACACACACACACAC